GUGAGCGAAUGGGUGCCAGGCUGAGGCAGAUAGGCUAGCGGCAUUGGGCACUGGGUGCACACGUGACAGGACACGCAGUGGACCAAUCGGGAGACCGCGGUUUUAGUUUGAACACGGUUCUUCUGUGUGGUAUCCCGGGACUCGGGAGUCGGUGACCGCCGGGAGCAGCAGGUAGUCAGUAAGCCAUGGCAGAGGCUGCAGAUGAAUGGGAACUGAGCAAGGAAAAUGUCCAGCCUCUCCGGCAAGGAAGGGAUAUGUCUACUCUUCAGGAGGUCCUCUCCCAACAAGAAAGCACAAUUCACAAUGCUGUACAGCAAAAGAAGCAGUCCUUUGAGUUGGAACUUCGUUUUUACACUGGAGACGAUCCCUUGGAUGUGUGGGACAGGUAUAUAAAAUGGGCGGAACAGGCUUUCCCCCAGGGUGGUAAAGAGAGCAAUCUGUCCCCACUGCUGGAGAGGGCUGUCAAGAUAUUUCACCAGGAGCAGCGAUAUUAUGGAGAUUUUCGUUACCUUAACAUCUGCCUCAAAUUUGCAAAUUUCUGCACCGAGCCCAUAGAUUUGUACAGCUACUUGCACAGCCAAGGGAUCGGUAUCCUACAUGCUUUGCUCUACGUCACCUGGGCAGAAGAGCUUGAAGCCCGGGGCAAUUACAAGAAAGCAGACUCAAUUUUUCAGGAGGGCAUAAAUUGCAGAGCUGAACCCCUGGAGAAACUGGAGGCCCAUCACAAGCAGUUCCAGGCUCGGGUCUCCCGUCGGGUGUUACAAGGAAUCACAGAGGAUGCAGACAAUGGGGACUCUAACCUACCUGAACCACAACGCAGUUCAUUGGUGGAUUUAAAAGCAAGAGGGAAGAAUAAAGCAAGAGCUCCAGUCAGCCGCGUAGGAGAUGCUGUAAGAUCUCGUAGCCAAGGACUAAGUGCCCCAAUUGCUCUUCAACAACAAAUUCCAAGCCGUUCUCAGAUUCGGGUGCUUGAUGAGAAUGCAGAAGUUCCAGUCUUGGGAAGCACCACACUCGGGACCCAGCCCUGGCCAGCGCUACCACCGGCACAGGCUAAGGAAAAUGAGCAGAGAGCAGGAACCUGGAACUCGGGGCGGCCACCUCGCAGCAGUCAGAUGUCUAGUAAUGAGCCUCCUUCAAGCUGUCCCAGCUUCACUCCCUAUGUGGAUGAAUCGGCAGAGCAUCAAACCGUAACGCCGUGCAAAAUUAACCCUUCAGUGACCAGUGUACUUAGUUCUCGCAAGCAAUGUAAGGAAGAGGAUCCUUUGCAACGGCUGCAGAGCAGUGCGCAGGGGAAAGAGGAGAUGGUCAUGUACUGCAAAGACAAAGUCUUUGCUGGCAUGGAGGAGUUCUCUUUUGAGGAAAUCCGGGCAGAGAUUUACAUGGUAAAGAUCCGCAAGAAAAGAGAAGAAGAUCUCCAAGCUAGCGCUCUUCGUAGCCAGGAGAUGGAGAGACAAAUUGAGGAAAUGGAGAAGCAACUAAAAUCAUGUGCCAGAAGCCAGGACAGAGUCACUGAGGAGCCUGCACGCACAGAGUCCUGUGGAGGACAUGGCGAAGCAGAACCCGGACCAAAGGUGGCCACUGCUUUAUCUCCUCAUGGUGCGGAAACUGGGGAAUCUCUGAGACAUGUGUUUGCUCCCACAUUACCAAGCAGUGACACACCGACCAAAGCUCAACCCCCGUUUGACACUAUGGCGCUCUCCUCUGAUGUGCCUUUUACCAUAUUUGAUGAGGCGUGUUCAACACAGCUCAGCAAGGACUCUCCGAGCAAGAUGCCGCCUCCCAAACGCCACCCCCUGACAGCUGUUUCAAAAGCGCUUGUUAAAGAGGAAGCACAACUCACCGACACACUGGGUGACCUUGAACCCCUAAAUGAAGAUGCAAUCGUGUCUGGCUCAGACCGAAACAGGACUUUGUUUGCCGACCCAGAAGACACCUGCGACUUUGUGAGAGCCGCACAACUGGCAUCCACGCCUUUCCACAAGACCAGGGAUGAGGCAGAACAAAGCGAAACACCUGGCCUGAAGAGAGUUCCACUUAGAGAGAAAGCACCCCUGUGCGAUGAGUCCUACAGACAAGUUGUUUGUCCCAAGAAGCUGAGGUAUGAGUUUCACCCAAUUUUAGAAGCAAGUCAAGAAGACACUCGCUCCUCAGUCUCUUCCGCAUCCUCGAUCUCUACUGGUUCCACUAGCUUUGCUGCCAAGACUCAGUUAGUCCACGAGAAACUUGACCUAAUGUCCCAGAUUUCCGGAGUAUAUGAGCAAACUUUGGAAGAGACCUCUGUAGUGCUAGGAAGCAGAGAACUACGCAGGAACUUGUUGGAGCCCAUGCAUGAUCUUCUGGCAUCAGAGGAAAUCCAUCAUGAGGCUAGGCAGGUUCCCCUUAUAAAGAAUCAAGAAACGGUGCUGCUCGGUAUUGAAUCCUAUCAUCUGAAAAGUGAAGUUGUUCUUGGGGAGAAAAGUAGAGUGUAUACGGGGAUCCAGGCAGGUUUCGAUGUGGACAAUAUGAAAAGUGUUGCGCUAAAGGUGGAUUUACAGCCGGUGCCGUGGGAUUUCUACAUUACACAGCAGCUGAAACAGCGACUUGGUGAGGACUUUCAGACUGAUUUUGUUAAGCCAUCGAACUGCUACCUGUUUCAGGAUGGAUGUAUUUCACUGUACAAGGAUAUCAGCCAGUAUACUGUUCAGGACAUCCUGCAGGACAGGGAAUCAGCAGUUGAAGGAGUCCUUAUCCUGCUUACCUACAAUUUACUGAGCCUUGUAGAGAAACUCCACACCAUAGAGAUAGUUCAUGGAGAUUUGAGGCCAGAGACUCUAAUAUUGGAUGACAGAUUUUUUGAACUGUCCUCUUGCACUAAGAAGAACAGUUGUUUGAAGUUGAUCGACUUCUCUCACAGCAUGGACCUGCGGCUCUGUCCCACACUGACAGCGAGAGAUUUUCCAAUAGCGCAAACUCCGCAUGGGCAGCAGGUUUUGGCCAACCGAAGCUCCCCUUACCAGGUGGACCUUCUUGGCAUUGCAAAUGUGGUGCACUUGGCAAUUUUUAGAGAGAACCUGCAGAUCCACAAAGAAGAGUCAAUAUGGAAAAUCAGCAAAGAAAUCCCCAGAUUAUCGCGUGGAGACUUUUGGAACAAGUUCUUUACAAAAAUCCUAAACACAGACUGUGCAUCCACAGCAUGCGUGCUGAGGGAGCUCCGAGACGAGAUUAAACAGUGGUUUGCAAGAUGAAGCCCUGCCGUUAUUUCAUCCAGCAGGACGCCUGGCCUAACCCUGUGUGAGAACUACCACCGCCCUUCAUCAGGGCAGAAGAGAAAAGUUACACUGUGUCAGUCUGUCUAUCAUGGAGAGGAGAUCUCACUGGACUUUGUCUUUAUAUAUGUAGAGUAGAUCUAUUUACUUUAUCCAUAUCUAUUUGCAUUAAAUGUUUUUGGGUAUUUUGCUAA